GUGCUUGUUAUCGCAAAAAUGUUAAGAAAUCUUUGCAUUUACAGGCUACAUUACCUUAAAUUGUGAAUUUUAUCACUAAAAUUGUAUUCAACUAGAUCACAACUUAUUAGUUCUAGAGACAAAUAUGGAGGAUACACCAGAAAUUGCUUUAAAAACACUGUGUUGCACAUGCUUAAGUAACGACAGAAAGUUGUCCCAACUUUGCCGAAUAAAUGAUGGAGUAAACAAUCUAUAUUCGCUUUUAUCAUACGACUCGGAAGCUUACAGAGAAGGAUUCUACAAGGAAGCUGCAAGCCUAUUCAUUUGUUGGGAGUGUGCAGCGAUCAUGCAGAGGAUAGCCAGCUUUAGACGGCAGGCUUGUGUGGCGCAGAAACAGCUGUCAGUUAUAGCUGAGGGCCGGGAUUUGAAAUCCAAAAGUUGCCUCUCCCGUCUUCUCUGCUGCCACAAACAUAACUAUGACUUCACAAUAAUCUCUGACAUACAAGAAACUGACAAUUUCAUAGACUGCGGCCCGGAAAUCAAGACUGAAACUGACAUGGAUGACAUACCAUUGUCAGAACUACAUGAUAACUGUAUGUCAGAUAAUGACUGCCAUAUUGAAGAAAAUGAUGUUAAAGAAAAGAAAAUAAUUGAAGAAAAAAUUAAAGUUAAAACUAAAAGAAAGAAGUUAAACAAAUCUCAGAUGAAUAAAGUUACAAAUAAAAAACGCAAAAGGUUAAAAAAGGAUGAUUAUUUCAAUUAUAAGGAUUAUUUUGUAACAACAGAAAUGGGUGAAGAGAAAAUGCUAGAGAGUAGGGUAAAAAGGAAAAUGGAGGAAAGUUUUGUUGCUGCGGCGUUCAAAUGUGAAUCUUGUGUGGAGAUAUUUAAGAGUCAGAUUAGCCUGGCCCGACACAAUGAGGAUCAUCAUGUGGAGAAACCUAAUCAUGUACAGUGCCUCAUCUGCCUAUCAUACAUAAAGAACGACAGCGGCACCGCCCACAAGUCGGAACACUGCUCGCAUCACUCCUGCCUUCUCUGUGACCAGGUCUGCUACAGUAUGCAGGAAAUAAACAAGCAUUUGAAGGUUCACAAGCAUGUGAAAAGGAAAAAGAUCGAGAGACCUGGCAAAAUAGGCAGUGGGGCGACGGGGCUGCCCGCUGAUGUGUACCCCUGCCCAGAGUGCAGCAAGUAUUUCCAGAAUAAGAACCAGCGCUGGAAGCACGUGCAGCGCCACCACAGGGAGGGGUACACGUGCGCCACCUGCGGCAAGAGGUUCGCCUUCAAGAACAACCUCGCCAGGCACGAACAGGUCCACCGGGCGCCGCCUCCCCGCCAGCAGUGCCCCUCCUGCAACAAACUAGUCCGCGUCGACCUCCUCAAGAUCCACGCGAGGAUCCAUCAGAAACGGGAGCAGUUCGAGUGCGUCGAAUGUGCCAAGAGCUUCGUCAGCCGAGCGUCGUAUGAGCAUCACCUCAAGUACACACAAGCGCACGCGAAUAAGGACAUACUAAAGUACAAGUGCAGUGUGUGCGAGAAGGGGUACCGGUCCCGCGGGGAGCUGCGCGACCACGUCAACUACCAGCACAUAGGGCAGACGCAGCACAAGUGUCCCGUCUGCGGCAAGGCGCUGGCAACGCGCAGGUGCAUCACGCGGCACGUGCGGCGCGCGCACCACGGCCUCAAGGAGGGGCCGCGCGACAAGGUGUGCCAGCAGUGCGGGAAGGCCUUCAGGGAUAAAAAAGGUCUCCGCGAGCACGAGUUCAUCCACACUGGCGAGCGGCCGCUGUCGUGCGAGCUGUGUGGAUGCACCUUUAGGCAGAGCGCCUCUCUCUACACACACAAGAAGAGAGUGCACAAGAUAUGCCCUCCCAGGAGGACUGUCAACGUGGUUGCACCUAAUGCCAGUGGAAAUACGGUUGAAAAUGCAACAACUGAGUAGAAAUAUCAUUGUUGUACAGCACACACAGGCAGCGGCCGCUGUCGUGUGA